AUGUUACAACUUCAGAUGUAUCUACUCGCUCUUCUUCUUUUAACCGCGUCGGUUUCUGCAUCUCUGAACGGGGUAAGUUCGAGUCUCUUCACUUACCACUCGAAAUAG